GUGAAAGUCCGACAGGUGGUGGGUGUUGGCUGGGUUCCUGGUCCCUCGGCAGUGCCUGCAGACAUGCCCGGGGCUGACGGGGGCCUCAGGGCCUGGGGGUGCCUGCUGCUGCUGGGCUUGUGCGUCUGGACGAGGACCAGGGCGGAUGCUCCCAGCCCCGUCAGAAACCUGACUGUGGAGGCUCAGACCAACAGCUCCAUCACCCUGAGCUGGGCAGCCCCUGAGAGCCCAGGCCUUGAGAACCACACCUACAGUGUCCAGUGCACGGGAGAAGGUGGUAAAAAUGAGACCCAAAACACGACAGACACCAGGAUCACAGUGGACGGACUUGAACCCGCGUCUUUAUAUAACUUUUAUGUGUGGGCAGAGAAGGAUGGAGUGAAGAGCUCCUGGGAGGCUCUCAAUGCCUCCACAGCCCCCAACCCCAUCAGAAAUCUGACCGUGGAGGCUCAGACCAACAGCUCCGUCACCCUGAGCUGGGCAGCCCCCGAGAGCCCAGGCCUUCGGAGCUACACCUACUGGGUCCAGUGCACUGGAGAAGGUGGUAAAAAUGAGACCCAAAACACGACAGACACCAGGAUCACAGUGGACGGACUUGAACCCACGUCUUUGUAUAACUUUUAUGUGUGGGCAGAGAAGGAUGGGGCAACGAGCCUCCAGGAGACUCUCAAUGCCUCCACAGCCCCCAACCCCAUCAGAAAUCUGACCGUGGAGGCUCAGACCAACAGCUCCGUCACCCUGAGCUGGGCAGCCCCCGAGAGCCCAGGCCUUCGGAACUAUACCUACUGGGUCCAGUGCAUUGGAGGAGGUGACAAAAAUGAGACCCAAAACACAACAGACACCAGGAUCACAGUGGAUGGACUUGAACCUGCAUCUAUGUAUAACUUUUAUGUGUGGGCAGAGAAGGAUGGAGUGAAGGGCUCCCAGGAGACUCUCAAUGCCUCCACAGCCCCCAACCCCAUCAGAAACCUGACUGUGGAGGCUCAGACCAACAGCUCCAUCACCCUGAGCUGGGCAGCCCCCGAGAGCCCAGGCCUUCAGAGCUACACGUACUGGGUCCAGUGCACUGGAGAAGGUGGUAAAAAUGAGACACAAAACACGACAGACACCAGGAUCACAGUGGACGGACUUGAACCCGCAUCAUUGUAUAACUUUUAUGUGUGGGCAGAGAAGGAUGGGGCACCGAGCUCCCGGGAGACUCUCAAUGCCUCCACAGUUCCUAACCCAGUGACGAGUCUCAGGAUGGAGAACCAGACCAACAGCUCCAUCACCUUGAGCUGGACAGCUCCCCAGGGCCCUGACCGCCCACUCUACACCUACUGGGUCCAGUGGUUGAGGGAUGACAUCAUACAAGGGAACCAAAGCACCUCAGAGACCUGGGUCACAGUGGAGAACCUGGAUCCUGGGGCACAGUACAUCUUUACCCUGUGGGCCCAGAGGAAUGGUGUCAUGAGUGAGAACCAGCAGAUUACUGAGGCUACAGUUCCUAACCCAGUGAUGAGUCUCAGGAUGCAGGACCGGACCAACAGCUCCAUCACCUUGAACUGGACAGCUCCCCAGGGCCCUGACCACCCACCCUACACUUACUGUGUCCAGUGGGUUGAGGAGGGCAUGGCCAAUGAAACCCAAAACAUCUCAGACACCGAGAUCAUGGUGAAGAACCUGAAUGCUGGGAGCCUGUACACCUUCAGCAUCUGGGCCAUGAGGAAUGGAAUCAGCAGCAAGAACCAGACUCUCACUGAGGCUACAGUUCCCAAUGAGGUCACAGAUCUGAAGAAUGAAACUCAGACUAACAACUCAGUCACCCUAAAGUGGAACCCCCCUGAAGACCCUCACUCUCAGCUCUACAUAUACCAAGUCCAGUGGGCCAGAGAACAGCCCCAACAGGAUCAAGAUCCCCAAGGAGAUCAGGCCAAUCAGACAGACAAGACCAAUGAGACUUCGUACAUGGUGAAGGCCCUUGAACCUGGGACUCUGUACAACUUCAGUGUGAGGGCAGAGAGGGACAACACAACCAGCUCCUCACAGCACCUCUGUGCAUCCACAGCCCCAGCCCCUGUCACCAUCACCUCCUGUGUCAGCACCUCGGGGGGCUACGGGGUCACCCUGACCUGGUCCUGCCCCCAGGGAGGCUACGAGAACUUCACCUUGGAGGUGGGUGGUCAGCAGCAGAUUGAAGACAGGUUAUCCUGUGAGAAGCAUGUGUCCGUGUCAGGCCUGCAGCCAGCUCGGUCCUAUCCAGCCACAAUCAGUACCACCUGGGAUGGAAUUAGGGCACACUCUGCCCCAGUGACCUGCUACACCGAGAGUGCAGGGGUCAUUGCUGGGGCCAUUGUUGGAGUCCUUCUAUUUCUCAUCCUGGUGGGCCUGCUGAUUUUCCUCCUGAAGAGAAGGAGAGGGAAGAGCCAGGAGCAGCAAGCCUCCAGGAAACUGGUCUUAAGCUCCCCAGGAGACAUCCUUGCUGCAGACUUUGCUGACCACAUCAGGAGGAAGGAGAAGGACAGCAAUUACGGCUUUGCAGAGGAGUACCAGCAACUGGCCCUGGAGGGCUACAGCCAGCCUCAGGCCGUGGCGUCUGGCCCGGAGAACAGAGUCAAGAACCGCUACCGAAACGUGCUGCCCUAUGACUGGUCCCGGGUGCCCCUGGAGCCCCUCCAUGGGGAGCCGGGCUCUGACUACAUCAACGCCAGCUUCAUGCCGGGGCUCUGGAGCACCCAGGAGUUCAUCGCGGCCCAGGGCCCCCUCCCCCAGACCGUGGGCGACUUCUGGCGAAUGGUGUGGGAGCAGAGGUGCCGCACCCUGGUCAUGCUCACCAACUGCGUGGAGUCCGGCCGGGUGAAGUGUGAGCACUACUGGCCCCUGGACGCUCAGCCGUGCACCCACGGGCACCUGCAGGUGGUCCUGGUGGGUGAGGAGGUGCAGGAGCACUGGACCGUACGGGACCUUCAGCUUCUCCACAUGGAAGAGCAGGAGACCCUGUCCGUCCGUCAGUUCCACUAUGUGGCCUGGCCAGACCACGGAGUCCCCCAGUCCCCAGACCCCUUGCUGGCCUUCUGGAAGAUGCUCCGGCAGUGGCUGGACCAGACCGCGGGGCAAGGCCCACCCAUCGUGCACUGCAGUGCCGGGGUGGGCCGCACGGGCACGCUCAUCGCCCUGGACGUCUCGCUGCGGCAGCUGGAGUGCGAGGGUCUCGUGGGACCCUUCAACUUUGUGAAGAAGAUGAGGGAGAGCCGUCCCUUGAUGGUGCAGACGGAGGCCCAGUACGUGUUUCUGCACCAGUGUAUCUUGAGGUUCCUCCAGCAAGCAGCCCCAGUUCCGGCUGAGAAGGGGGCUGCACGUGAGGACCUUCUCUACGAGAACAUAGCUGCCAUCCGGGCCCAUGAGUGGGAGGCCUAAGCCCGGAUUCCUGGAUCCCUGGGAGAGGACAGGGCUGGGAGCCUGAACUCCUGUUUCCCAGGGGCAGAAGGAUCUGGUGGGCUUGGGCUCACGGGUCCUGCGGAAGGUGGGCCCCGGAUUCCUGGUUCCUUGGAGGGGGAGAGGGCUGGGAGCUGGCAUUUCCUAGUCCUUUGAAGGAGACAAAGGUCCCAGGCGCCAAGGUCUCAAGGAGGGGAGCUGGAAUUCCAAGGCAAGAGGGAAUUAGGGCCCAGAAUUCCAGCUGCCCGAGGAGCAACAGCGGGCAGGAACCUGUCCAGCUUUUACUUCAGCCGCCAAAUCAGUCUUGUGUGCUCUGGGGUUGAAGGGGUCCCUCUGACAAGGCCCUCCUGCACCUCGCUGCCUGUAUGUAUUUUUCUUUCUAUCCCAUAAUUUAUUAAAUUAUUAACUGCUCUCCCAAGA